AUGGUAAAGAUCUAUUGCCUGCAAGUUCUGGUGAUCAAAUGUUUUUGUGCUGAGGGAUGUUUUUUGCCUCACCACAAUUUGAUUGAUUCAAUUCUAGCAGGCAUCCGAGCUGUGACUGGUCCUUCGGGUUGUCUUCUUAUUGUCACGAAUUAUACUGGGGACCGUUUAAAUUUUGGUUUAGCUGCAGAGCAAGCAAAAUCAGAAGGUUAUAAAGUAGAGACUGUAAUUGUUGGAGAUGAUUGUGCAUUACCCCCGACUCGAGGAAUAGUUGGUCGAAGGGGUUUGGCCGGGACCAUUCUUGUUCAUAAGAUUGCUGGAGCUGCUGCUGCUGCUGGCCUUUCACUUGCGGAUGUUGCCGCAGAAGCAAGACGAGCAUCUGAAAUGGUUGGAACAAUGGGCGUUGCACUAUCUGUUUGCACAUUGCCUGGUCAGGUUACACCAGACCGUUUGGGUCCAGGAAAGAUGGAACUUGGUCUUGGAAUUCAUGGAGAACCUGGUGCUGCUGUAGCUGAUCUUCAACCGGUGGAUGUUAUAGUUUCUCACGUUCUUAAGCAGAUAUUGUCUCCAGAAACUAAUUAUGUUCCAAUUACUCGGGGUAGUAGAGUGGUGCUUAUGGUAAACGGGUUAGGUGCGACUCCAGGAAUGGAACUGAUGAUUGCAUCUGGUAAAGCAGUGCCUAAGUUGCAGCUGGAACAUGGAUUGGCAGUGGAUAGAGUGUAUACUGGGUCGUUUAUGACUUCUCUUGACAUGGCAGGUUUUUCUAUUUCUAUCAUGAAGGCUGAUCAAACUAUUUUGCAACGUCUGGAUGCUGCAACAAAGGCGCCAUAUUGGCCUGUUGGUGUUGAUGGCAAUCACCCACCUGCAAAGAUUCCUGUUCCAUUACCUCCAUCUCGUUCAACAAAGUCUGAUGAGCCAUUAGGUCGGCCAGCACAACUUAACGAACAAGGCCAGAUUCUUGAGGUGGCCAUUGAAGCAGCUGCAAAUGCAAUUAAAAAACUUAAGGACAAUUUGAAUGAUUGGGAUGGCAAAGUAGGUGAUGGUGACUGUGGGUCAACAAUGUAUAGAGGUGCAACAGCAGUUUUGGAAGACAUGAAAAAUUAUCCUCUGAAUGAUGCAACCGAAACAGUCAACGAAAUUGGAUCAUCAAUCAGAAGAGUUAUGGGGGGCACAAGUGGGAUCCUGUAUGAUAUAUUUUGUAAGGCAGCCUACGCUCAAUUGAAAGCAAGCACCCAAUCAGUUGUCACCUCAAAGAAUUGGGCUGAAGCGCUUGAAGCUUCCAUUGCUGCAGUGAGUAAAUAUGGUGGGGCUAGUGCUGGUUACCGGACAAUGUUAGAUGCCCUUAUUCCAGCAUCUACGGUUCUUCAGGAGAGGUUAAAGGCUGGUGAUGAUCCUGUGACUGCUUUUCUACUCUCAUCUGAAGCGGCAUUAGAUGGAGCUGAGUCGACUAAGAACAUGCAGGCACAGGCUGGUCGUUCAAGUUAUAUCUCUGGAGAUAUACUGGCUUCAGUUCCAGACCCAGGUGCGAUGGCUGUAGCGUCGUGGUACGGAGCAGCAGCCUUUGCUGUCAAGUACAAAAACCAGACUCCUCCAUAGACAAGAGCAAUGCAUUAGCUCUAGUUGCAUUUCUGCCACUUUUUUUAACUUGCAGAUACAACCCAGCAACUCAUCAUUUUUGUUCAUACUUUUUGCACUACUAACAAUAUGAGCUUUCCGCUUGUGCUUUUUGUGCGUAAAGCUGAGAAAGCGAGAGAGUUUCAUCGAUAUAUACAUACAAUGUCUUGAGACCUUUAGAAAAAAAAAUGUAUAUUUCAGUUCUUGGUAGCAUUCAGAAUAAUUUGCAGACUAUCAGUCUAAGCAUAUCGUUGUAAACUAUCGUUUCAAAUGAUGCACUUUUGUAUGGUUUCUUGUGAA